UGAUUUUCCUUUUUUGCCAUCUUUCUCUGCUUUCUUUACAGACACAAGUAAGAUGGCCUCAGCACAUGACAGAGCUGUACUCCAGGCUAUAUUCAACCCCACCACCCCCUUUGGAGACAUCCCUGGCCUGAACCAAGAUGAGGAAUUAAUUGAUGAUGACAGUGGCUUUGACACAGAGUUGCUGAAGCAAGUGAAAGAGUUGGAGAUGCGGGGUGUCUCAGCAGCAGAAGCUGGGGAUUUGCAAGCUGCACUUCAGCUGUUCAGCCAGGCAAUCCAGAUCUUGCCUCAGCGAGCCUCAGCCUAUAACAACCGGGCACAGGCCCUGCGGCUGCAGGGGAACACAGCAGGAGCCCUGGAGGACCUGGACCAAGCCAUCUCUCUGAGCGGCUGCACUGGACGAACUGCCUGUCAGGCACUGGUGCAAAGAGGCCUUUUACGUAGAUUAGCAUGUCAGGAUGAUGGAGCCAGAGCCGAUUUUGAGAAAGCAGCUGCACUUGGAAGUGAAUUUGCCCGACAACAGGCUGUGGUUCUUAAUCCAUAUUCAGCACUGUGCAACAAAAUGCUAUCGGAGGUGAUCAACAAACUACGCAACCCUGAAGUGUCUGAGAUGCAGUAGUUGAUGUAGACAAUUUGUUACUUGUACACCUUUUCUGUUGUGAAGUCAUUGGUUAAUAAAAGAACAUUUUUAGCUUUUAA